AUGUUCUUCAGACGCAAGGCUAUGGAUGCUGGCAAGCGUCCUGCAUUCCACGAAGGCUAUGCAGCACCAUUGAUUCAGAUUCUCGCAUGGCUGUUCCUUGCCUUCGCGAUACUAGCAGUCGUAGCGCAAUUUGCGACCAAGAAAGCCAUGUCCAAGCGUUUCGUCAAAGCCGACUUUGUGCUCCUAGUGGCCUUGGUUUUCGCAGCAGGACAGGCAGCGACUCUCCUCAGUUCAGCGGGCCAGCCGAUUGGAAAUCUACAGUCUGGCCUCGAACCGGAUCAAAUUGAUGGGGCCUGGAAGGCUUUGUUCAGCAGCGAGAUUCUGAGCGUGCUUGCGAUCGUUGCCGCCAAAGGCUCUUUGCUCGUCUCGCUGGCGUCAGUAACGCCUGUCGACACACACAGGAGGAUGAUGCGCGCUACAGGUGUUUUGACGGUGCUAUGGGGAUUGAGCGCUGUGUUCCUCAUCGCCUUCCAAUGCCCGUCUCCGCAAAGAUGGAAUAUCACGAACCCGACGUGUAUGGACCUCCGCGCCGUACGCACCUACAACGCUGUCAUGAACAUCGUGACUGAUCUUGCGCUCGCCGGUGUACCGACACUGAUGGUACUACCGCUGCAGAUUACGCCGGAAAAACGUUUCACGCUCAUCACAGGCUUCUGGUCACGCAUAGUGUAA